AUGGGGCAGGAGCUCUUCCCCUCGCAGGUGACGGACUCCGGGCACUACGAGUGUGUGGCCACCAGCUCGGCGGGUGAGACACGCUGGGGUGGCUCCCUGGAGGUGCAAGACGAUGGAUCCAGCCUCUCCCCAUCGUCCCCCGAACCCGGCGUCAUCCCCAGGCCACCCCCCACCCCCGUGGUCACCAACGUCACCAAAAGCAGCGUCACCCUCAGCUGGAAAGGGAACGAGGACAGCGGUGCCACCGAUGUCACCUCCUACAUCGUGGAGGCUUUCAGCCAGGCGGCAGGUGGCCCGUGGCAGACGGUGGCGGCCGACGUGGAGGGUGAGACCCACACGGUGAGCGGCCUCGUGCCCGACACCGUCUACCUCUUCUUGGUGCGGGCGGUCAACGCCUACGGGCUCAGCGACCCCAGUGGCGUCUCGGAGCCCGUGCGCACCCAAGACGCCAGCCCCACGCAGCAAGGGCUGGACCCCGAGCAGGUGCAGCGGGAGCUGGCGCAAGUGGCCGUGCACCUGCAGGAGCCCGUGGUGCUGCCGCCAGGCGCCGUCCGCCUCUCCUGGACCGUGGAGCGCCAAGCACCCUUCCUUCAGGGCUACCGGGUGCUGUACCGGCGGCGCGGCGGACGCUGGGAGGAGGCGCGGGCGGUGCAGGCGCCGGGGGAGCGGGGGGCCCUGCUCACCGAGCUGCGCCGGGGCCAGGACUACGAGGUCAAGGUCCGACCCUACUUCCAUCACCUCCACGGCCCCGACAGCGCCGUGCGAGCCCUGCGCACUCCUGAGGCGGCCCCCAGCGCCCCACCACGAGCCGUCAGCGUGGCCGGUAACGGCACCAGCGUCCGCAUCUCGUGGCAGCCGCCGCCACCGGCUGAGCAGAAUGGUGUCAUCCGCGAUUACCGGAUCUGGUGCUUGGGCAACGAAAGCCGCUUCCACAUCAACCAGAGUGUGGAGGGGACGGUGCUGGCGACGGUACUGCGGGGACUGGUCCCCGGCGUCCCUUACCGCGCCGAAGUUGCCGCUGCCACCGGUGCCGGUGUGGGUGCCCGCAGCGCCCCUGUCCCCAUCCGCAUUGGUGAGUCCCUUGUAACCGCCGCCGCACCCAUGGGUGGGGGGGUGGCAGGUGUCAUCCCAGUGCUGGGGACGGCUCCUCGGCACCCCCGCCGGCUGGGGACGGAGGAGUGGUACCCCGGUGAGGAUGUCCCCUGUGCCACCGCCGCAUCCUCGCCCGCCGCCUCCUCCGGCUGCCGGUCCACCGCCACGCUGACGCCAUCGCCCCGCACCACCGAGGACAUCCCUCGCCUCCGUGACUUCGAUAGCCCCCGCCUGCCCCGGUAG